AUGCGUGUGUGUUUUCUACCAAUGUCGACAGAUUUCGACGCCUGUGUUGCUCGCACCAAACAAGGUAUCUCUUCCAGCAAAAAGUCGACUAGCAGUAUUUCGAAAGACAUGCUGAAGUGCUUGAAAAGUACAAAGUGCUUCGCGUUUUUCAAACCCCGAAGGCAGUGCAGCAUUCUACCCAGCUUCAUGCGAAGAGGCAUUUCGAUGAAGCGACUGGAGAGUGUGGUGACAGCAGAGAUUCUCAGCGUUCGCUGCCAAUUCACGUCCUACACUUCACACUUUAAUACGGCCCAAACCCUUCACCCCGCAAUGUCUCAUGAGCUGACGUUCUGGAGCCCGACGAUUGUGGUGGUCGUGACUGCUUCGACAAUUUCUUCCAGAACAGGGAACACAGAACAAAACCUGAGCAUUCUUCAUGCGAUUUUAGCUAAGCUGAGAGGUGCUACUCAGCUCGAAAGCGUCACUGCGUUUGUGCCAACUACCGCACAAGACCUUGACAAGCACUGCUACACCACUGGUUCGUUUUUUUCGGCGAUCACAACUGACAAGAAUGGGUACCUGACACCAGACACGCACAAUUGGCAGGCGGCAAAACAACAGCGGGUAACCGGUGGGACUAGGGUCUGUCUGACACACCUCGUUCUCGAAGCCCGCUACAAUUUGGAGAAGGAGUGUGUACUGUUAACGGGAGGCAACCUCGACACAUCCCAUGUGACCUUGACAUUUGGACACGACGACUUCCCGCCAGUGGUCGCUGUGUCGCCAUGGCAACGACGCUCAGCCGAUUCCAGAUAUUGCCAGUCGUGGUGUUCGCUUGUGUUGCUCAAAUAUCUGACCACGCAGCCGGAAUUGUCUCUGUUGUGGACGUGA